UAACGAGGUGGAGUAUCUGGACCGCCAUGAAAACCCUACAAAUAUCGAGCAGGAGGCUGCCAACCCUCGCCCUUGGUGAAAAGCUGUGGUCUCAGCUCAGAGUAGAGUAGGAAUCAAUCGGCAACGACACCCACCGAUAGUGCGUGUGUCCCAUUCUUUGGCACCCUGCUGUUUCCCAAGCAUUCCACUCGGCAAAAUGGACUUCGCCAUAACGCUAAACCAGACAAUGUCUGACCUGACCUCGAGGCUGAUCAGCAUGCCGAACGACAAGCUGUACAUGUAUGGCGGACUCUUUGCUCUCAUGUUCCUCGUCAUCGUCAUGUCGUCGGGCCGUGAGAACAACAGCCAGGAGAAGGACCGCGUCCUCCCACCCGUCGUAUCGCACACUGUGCCGAUUUUGGGCCAGGCAGUAGCGUUUGGCGUUCAGCCCGUCAAGUUUUUACAAAAGCAGGAGCAGCAGCAUGGAGACUGUUUCACUUUCACGAUGAUGGGCCGUAAGAUCACAGCGGUGUUGAAUCCGGACGGAAACCACUUCCUGUUCAACGUCAAAUUGGCGGACGCCACUGCGGAAGGCGCAUAUGACAAGCUUACCGUCCCGGUCUUUGGCGACGAAGUGGUUUACGAUGUCGAUAACGCGGUAUUCAUGCAGCAGAAAAAGUUCAUCAAGGACGCUCUGACCACCGACGCCUUCAAAUCAUAUGUCCCCAUUAUCAUGGAGGAGACCCGCGCCUUCUUCAAGGAGUGGCCCAACAAGUCUGCGCAACACGAGCUCUUCCCGGAUAUGGCUGAGCUGACCAUCCGAACAGCAUCACACUGUCUCCUCGGAAAGGAGAUCCGACAGCAGCUGCAUUCGAACGUCGCGAAACUAUACCACGACCUCGACCAAGGCUUCCAGCCGAUCAACGUGUUCUUCAAAUGGUUGCCUCUGCCGGCGUACUUUGCCCGUGAUCGUGCCAACAAGAUCAUGACCGAGACGUUCUUGAAGAUCCUGCAGGAGCGCCGAAAGAGAGAGGACUUUGAGAACAAGGACAUUUUGCAGUCUUUGAUGGAGGGUGUCUACCGUGAUGGAACCAAAAUGUCGGACAAGGCCAUUGCACACAUGCUGAUUGCUGCGUUGAUGGCUGGUCAACACACUAGUUCUACCACUGUGUCGUGGAUCAUCUUCGAACUUGCCAACAACCCGCAUGUCAUUGAUGAGAUUCUCAAGGAGCAAUCGGAAGUCCUGACUGGAAAACCCGACACCCCACCACACGAACUCCCCGACUUCACCUACGAGGAGCUCCGCAAGUUCACCUACCUCGACGGCGUGAUGAAGGAAUCCCUGCGACUGCACCCGCCAAUCCACACCAUCAUGCGCCUCGUCAUGCGGGACGUGAAGUACAAAGGCUACACCAUCCCCGCCGGUCACUUCAUCGCCGGUUCCCCUGCCGUCUCGCAAAUGGACCCCGCUCGCUUCCCUGACCCCGAGAAGUUCGACCCAACGAGGUUCACCGCGUCUGCGGAUGAAGGAUCAGCAGAGUGGACGAUCAACGGCGUGGACAUUGCGCAAAAAUCGGCGCGGUCCAACUUCUUACCCUUCGGUGCAGGAAGGCACAGGUGUAUUGGCGAAGCGUUUGCGUAUGUGCAGAUCAAGACUAUCAUUGCGCUGUUUGUGAGGGAAUUCAGGCAUCAGCUGAUGAAGGAUGCCGAGGGGAAAAACAUCUUCCCACCGAUGGAUUUCACGUGCUUGAUUGUUAUGCCGAAGAAGCCCAGCUACAUCGCUUUUGAGCGACGAGAGGAGUUUGUGAAGAAGGAUCAGUAGUGAGCAUAUAUUAUAUGAAUGAAAUGCGAUGGAACAUGCUUUGAGUAUGCCGAUGUGUAUCACGAACGAAUGCGCCAUAUUUGAAGGAUGAUAUCAAAAUUG